UACAUGAGUGGGCACAUGUUGUCUUGGCAGGCAGUACCUGGAUGUGAGCAUGUUAUGGUAACCAAAUGUAACUUACCUGUGGAGAUAUUUGACUACUUCAAGGAAUAUUCUAUAAGAGUAAAGGCUGACAAUGGGAGCAGAGUUUCAUUUUCAGAGAGCGUCUCAUUUGCCCCACUUUUUAAUUCUGUAGUUGAUCCUCCACCAGUAAUUUUAACAGCAAAGAGCAGUAUUAUAGAAAUCUUUAUCGCUGAUCCUGAAGAAGGGAAUGCUAAAAGGAUUUGGGAUCCUCUAGACUGUUUUUAUAUAGUUGAGUACUGGACAAAGAAUUGUGAACAGAAGAGACAAUUAUCUUCAAAGGUGCCAAAUAUAACCUUGCACGACCUAGAACCAAAGACUCAAUACUGUUUGAGAGCUAAAGUCUGUAAUACACGUUGCAGCAGAAAUUAAUACUUCAGCCCUGAU